AUGGUUAUAAAUGGCAAUACAUGGCAAUACAUGGCUAUACAUGGUAAUACAUGGCAAUACAUGGUAAUACAUAGUAAUACAUGGCAAUACAUGGCAUUAAACAACUAUGCAUGUCAUUACAUGGCUAUACAUGGCAAUACAUAGUAAUACAUGGAAUCACAUGGCUGUACAUGGCAAUACAUGGCUAUACAUAGUAAUACAUGGCAAUACAUGGUAAUACAUAGUAAAACAUGACAAUACAUGGCUAGACAACAGUAAAUGGUAAUACAUGGCUAUACAUGGGUAUACAUGGCAAUACAUGGCUAUACAUGGCAAUACAUGGCUAUAUAUGGCUAUACAUGGUAAUGGUGAUACAUGGUAAUACAUGGCUAUACAUGGCUAUACAUGACAUUACAUCGCUAUACAUGGCUAUACAUGGUGAUACAUGGUGA